AUGUCUAAACUACAGUUGUUGCGUGUGUUUUUAAAUGAGCGUUUAACGGUGGCUGCUGUGGAGAUUUUCGGGGCAGUUGAGAAAACGGUAGUGGAGUACCAGGAGGAGAAUGAUCAGCUGCGGAGAAUGCUGCGUUUGACUCCGGAGAUACAACUAUGUCGAAUAGGUUCGUAUGUAGAUACUGAUAGCUAGCUAUAGUUCCACGUUAUUGAUGAACUGUUAACUGAUCACCACUUCAUCCAUUUUUAAGAAGUUGUUUUUAAACUUACCGUGCAUGGAUAAAACAUUGUCCUAAAAACAGGAAGUGAUUGUAAUAUAUAAUUCAAAAAUGUAUAAAUUAAAAUAUUUAGUAUAGUUUUAUCUAAAAAGGAUAACUUUUUUAAUGUUUCACUAUUUUUUAUGAAAUUCACUGAGGAGGAUGGUCUUCCCCUUGCUCUGAGGAGCCUCCGCUGAUAUUCGGCUCUAUUUACUCUGAUUCGAAAAUGCUAAUUAGCAUCAAAGUAGACAUAAUACAAAACUACAAAUCCCUGCAAGCGCCUGCACGUCAUCUCUUACUGACACCUUUGCGAUCAGGUAUUUUGUCCACAGAAUUGUCCAUUUAAAGAAAUGUAAACAAUUUAUUCAUUACUACAUUUAGAUAACAUUAGAUAGUUCAUCCAGAGAUUCUUUCCUUUGUCUCGAUUCGGCAGUCUCGUCCAGAUCAUCAUGGCGUUUGUAGUUCUUUAUGAUAGCCACAUUAGGAGCUAAUUAGCAUUUCAUUUUUUGGGGAUGAAUAGAAGUGAAUAUAUUGAUAAAAGUCACCUUGUCCUAGAGAGAUUUACACAGUUAUCAAAACGUCACGCCAGGGUAAGCGUACAUGAAACACAGUCCUUAUUUUAAGUCAUUGUAAAAUCCCUUAUGGGAAAAAUCAUUUCCCUGUUUGACCGUUAGGUUUUGUGGGUAUUAUGACUCACACUGUUGUAAUUUGGUAUUUUAUUAGGAUUCCCAUUAGCUGUUGCAAAAGCAGCAGCUACUCUUCCUGGGGUCCACACAAAACAUGAAACAUGACAUAAUACAGAACAUUAAUAGACAAGAACAGCUCAAGGACAGAAAUACAUAAAUGUUUAAAAAAAGCACACGUAGCCUACAUAUCAAUACAUACACACAACAUAUCUAAGUCAAAUAGGGGAGAGGCGUUGUGCCGUGAGGUGUUGCUUUAUCAGUUUUAUUUAAACCAGGUUUGCUGUUUAUUUGAGCUGUAUGAGAUGGAACAGAGUUCCAUGCAACAAUGGCUCUAUAUAAUACUGGACGCUUUCUGGAAUUAGUUCUGGAUUUGGGGACUGUGGUAACCUCUGCUCCCCCUCUCCUUCCCUCCAGACUCCCUGCAGCUCUCUCUCUCUGUCUCUGAAGAGGAGGUUCCCCCUGAGCAGCAGCACUGUGAGCAGGAGUGGAGCCCCAGUCUGGGGCAGGAGGACCCAGUGCCCAUUCAGAUUAAAGAGGAACAGGAGGAACUCAGGACCAGUCAGGAGGAAGAGCAGCUUCAAGGGCUGGAGGCUAAUAUCAUAGAGUUCAUAUUCACUCCUCCUUGUGUGAAAAGUGAAUGUGAUCUGGAGGACCCGCUUCAAGAAGCCAUACUAGCUGAAUACCCAACUCUCAGUCGACUGAAAAUGUCUAAACUACAGUUGUUUCGAGAGUUUUUAAAUGAGCGUUUAACGGCGUUUGCUGCUGUGGAGAUUUCCGGGGCAUUUGCAAAAACAGUAGCGGUGUACCAGGAGGAGAAUGAUCGACUACGGAGACUGCUGCGGAUCUCACCGGAGAUAAAACUAUGUAGAAUA